CAGCUCCUUCCUCCGAGCGGCCAACUUCUUGACGAUCGCCGGUCAGUGGUGGUCGGUGCUGGCUGAGAGGGAACCGGCUCGGGAGGGAUUCUUUCCGCGCCACGGUGAGCGAGGACUGAGCGUGUGCACAGCGCAGCCCCAUCCUCUCACUCAGGCGGUGACAUUGACUCAUCGGUAGUGUGGUGCUGCCGUGCACGAGUUCAUGUGUGUGCACUAGCGUCCUACAGCUCCAGCGACAAUGAGCGAAUACUUCAGCCUGUCGGACUGCGAUGUGAUCGGCUUCGACCUGGACCACACGCUCUGCCGCUACCAUCUGAAGGAGACCUCCAGGCUCAUCUAUGAGAGCUUUGCCAGGUAUCUAGUGGAGCAUAAAGGCUAUGACAAGGACCUGCUGAACCUAACCCCUGCUACAUGGGACUUCUGUUUUAAAGGACUAGUGGUGGAUCUGGAGGAUGGAAACCUUGUGAAGUUGGCUGAAGAUGGAACUGUCUUGCGAGCGACACAUGGAACCAAUGACCUCAGCAUAGAAGAGAUAAUCAAACAUUAUGGUCCUAAAAGGGAGUGGAAGCACUUCAACAGCCUCAAUACCUCCUUCACCAGAUCUGCAAAGUACUAUUUCUAUGACAACUACUUUGAUCUACCUGGGGCUCUUCUCUGUGGAAGAGUUGUGGACAUGCUGCACAAGCGAGGAAAUGAGGUGAAUUCUGACUUUUGGAAGGACAUGGUCGCUGCCAUUGACCACAAUUACAACACAUCUGCAUUCAAAGAGGACGCAGGGACUUACUUCCCAAGUGUGAAGAGGGACCCAGGCCGAUACCUGCAGCCCUGCUCUGACUCUGUCAAGACCUGGCUGCAAAGCAUGAAGAAAGCCGGGAAGGUUCUCCUCCUCAUCACCAGCUCUCACAGCGACUACUGCAGGCUCAUCUGUGAACACAUCCUGGGGAAGGACUACGAGGAGCUGUUUGAUAUCAUCAUCACAAAUGCGCUGAAGCCCGGUUUCUUCUCCUUGGUACCCCAGCAGAGGCCCUUCAGGACCCUCAUGGAGGAUGUAGAGGAAAGAGAGGGUCUACCUUUGCUGGACAAACCAGGCUGGUACUCCCAGGGUAACUGGCCCCACCUCCACGACCUGCUGAAAACCAUGACAGGGAAACCAGAGCCAAAGGUAGUUUAUUUUGGAGAUAGCAUGAGAUCAGACAUGUUUCCCGCCAGCAGCUUCGGGAAGUGGGAAACGGUGAUGAUAGUGGAGGAAAUGGAGGGGGAGGGUAUCCCGAAGAGCGACGCAGCCAUGUCUAAUGAGGCCCAAGUGGAGCCGCUGGAGAAAGAGGGAAAGUUUGAGGAGCAGGGCAUGAAGUCACCCUCUGCCAUGUCCAACCAGUGGGGCUCAUACUUUGUCGACGUACAAAGAAGUGGAGGAGAGGACGAGGAGAGCCAGAAACUGACCUGGUGUGGCCACUGCAUUCACAAAUACAGCACCAUGGCCAUCCCUAGUGUGGAGCACAUAGCAGAUCUCCCUCUGGAUUACAAGUUCCCCAGGUUUUCUCCUGAUAAGCCCUGCACCACCGGCUACUACCCCAGGCCCCCCGAUUCCUUGCUGAAGAGGUGUGAGAGUCUGUCAUAAAAAAAGGAAAAGGUCUUAAAAAAGAAAAAAGUCCUCCCUUACCCCUUUGCCUCAGGAGAGGAAUGUGCCUCCAUAUUUGCCUGUAGUUCCCCACUUGACCCCCAUCGCCAUCUGUGGAGCACAGGAAGCAUACACUCCUAACCCAUUCAGAGAAACCAUGUGAAUGUAAGCCACAGUAUCUCUGUAAUAACGCCUGAACGUUGUUUCGUGGUUUAGUGUUCUGUAUACGUGGAAAUAUGACAAAAUAAGUGUGCGUGUGUGUCUGCAUACAGUAAUAAUAAGAAAUGUAGUGUUUUUAUUGUUUCGUGUGUGAACCCCCUGUUCUUUUCUAUAGCUGAAUGUUUUAAAAAUCCAAAUUUUUGAAACUUUUCCGAAAAGAAGUGAACACUUUCCCACCUUUUUCCCCCCUGAAGUAAUUACCUCAUGAAUGUUAUCUACUGUAAGCAGAUCCCAGAUGGUGACAGUGUUUGUCCCUGGAAAUCCUUCGGAAACAUUGUGGCAGUAUUUCUGUAUAACACUGUCAUUGUGAAGUCUUCUUUUUUCAAAAAUAGUUUCAUUUGCAUUUUAGCAACCUUAAAAUGAGGUGUAAGGUUUAAUGUUUCCCCGGUGUUCGUUUUGUGGAAGGUGUUAAUCUUCAGGUCAUUGUUGCUAAAGAACUGGCACAAUGCUGUCCUUUGUGUUGGCUGUUUCAAAAAACACAACCCUAGGGAACAAUAAUAAUAAUAACAAUGGAUGAUAAAGACUAUGUUAGAUGUUCUCUGUAUUAUUUUUGGUGCAGCGGUGACAUGUGCUCUGUGAGUCAUAAAGAUUGUGGACUACUUGUGCUUCAUUUAUAUGCAGUACCAGACUGAGAUAUGCUUUAACCGACACCUGAAUGGUUUCUUUUGUCGGUGUGCAUAGACAAGUUGUGCCAUAAUAUUUAAGGAACAUUUUCAGUUUGGGACAAAUCUGUGCUUGUUUGUUUCACAGAAGAUUGAUACUGGAUAUAUCUGUAAACACAUGGGAUUCCAGAUCUAGUCCCACCAGGUCCAAAUUAUAUUCAUAUGACCAGCAUUUAAGUACAAAUCCACUUUAGAUCUGCAUGUCCAUCUAUCUAACCUGAGUGGAUCCAAGUAUACUUGCUGUCAGCCAUCAGUCUUGUGUUCUUCCCUGACCCAUAACACAUCCUUCCGCCAAGUUUCAGGGUACUAUGUUCAAUGGUUUUUGUGUAAUCUUUCUUACAGAUAAACACGACCUCUUUGGCAGAGGUUAGUUAGUUUACGCCAUUUUGCAAUACUGAGAAAAACACAAGUUGAGUUUGCAAAUGAGCAGGCAACGGAAAAAUGAGAGACCAUGUGUUUUACAAACACCCCUCUGGAGCAUGAGAUAGGCCUGUUGCACUGCUACUCUCUGAUUGUUGCAUACUGAAUACUUACUCUUUUCGGUGUCUGAGCUAUUAAACGUCUACAAAGACCCUGAAGUCCUCUUGUGCACACAAGAGAAAAUUCAUCAGCAGUUGGGACUUGAGGGCUCUGUAAAUGUCAAAGCCUAAAAAUCGGCCGCCCUACUAAAUCACAAAUAAGCUAAUUCGAAACUCUUAAAUAACAAUUGCUAUUUUGUUUCUUCAAGUUUUCCAUUCAUAAGAUUAGACAUGUAACCAAAACUGGUAUACAGCACCACAGCAGUUGUUGGCUUGCUGCUAGCUGGUCAGUUUUUGUGCUCAGAUGAACUAAACAUGUCCAUGCUGAGCACACAAAGAUGAAACUGGUUUCAGUCUUCCCAUUUGGCUCUGAUUUAAUCAAUAAACAAACAAGAUGGGUUCCCACAUGUGGAAGUGUUCCUUGUAGAUGACCAUCAUCUCACAAAUGAAGAGAGAGAGAAUAUUUUGACAAUGGGCAGCACAAUUGUCAGAUUGGUCAUCAGAAGUGGAUUAUUACUUGUGCUGUGUUUUAUGCAUACAGCUGUAGUGAUUGUACUCUUCUUUUCUCAUCUGACCUGGAUGUUUGACAUGUACAUUUGCCUUAUGUUGGGUUACUUUGUGGUCUUAAGUUUUGAAAACACAGGGAAAGUUGAAUUCUGUGUUCACGUGUUGAAGUACUGUCAAUUAAAUAAAAUGUGAUACAA